AACGACAUCCCAAAUCUCCCUCCCUCCCUCCUUCCCUCACGUCCCCGCUCCUCACCCUCUCUCUCUCUCUCUCUCUCUCUCUUCUUCUCUCUCUAAACAACAACAACAACAAGAAGAAGAAAGAUGAGAGAAAUCUUGCACAUUCAGGGGGGUCAAUGCGGUAACCAAAUCGGUUCCAAGUUCUGGGAAGUGAUCUGCGACGAGCAUGGCGUUCAACACGACGGCAAGUACAAGGCCCCUGAAGGAGGAGAACCGUCCGAUCUCCAACUCGAGAGGAUCAACGUCUAUUUCAAUGAAGCCGCCGCCGGACGAUACGUCCCUCGCGCUGUCCUCAUGGAUCUUGAACCUGGCACUAUGGACAGUAUCAGAUCCGGUCCCUACGGUCAGAUCUUUCGUCCUGACAACUUCGUCUUCGGUCAGUCCGGCGCCGGCAACAACUGGGCCAAAGGUCACUACACCGAAGGCGCUGAGUUGAUCGAUUCUGUUCUCGAUGUUGUUCGCAAGGAGGCUGAGAACUGUGAUUGUCUCCAAGGUUUCCAGGUGUGUCACUCUCUCGGAGGAGGCACUGGUUCCGGCAUGGGAACCCUCUUGAUCUCGAAGAUAAGGGAGGAAUACCCAGACAGAAUGAUGCUCACAUUCUCUGUUUUCCCUUCGCCAAAGGUGUCUGACACAGUUGUUGAACCCUACAAUGCCACCCUCUCUGUGCACCAGUUAGUAGAGAACGCUGAUGAAUGCAUGGUUCUUGACAAUGAGGCACUCUAUGACAUUUGCUUCAGGACAUUAAAGCUCAGCAAUCCAAGCUUUGGUGACCUGAACCACUUGAUUUCUGCAACCAUGAGUGGGGUAACUUGCUGCCUGAGGUUUCCUGGCCAGCUCAACUCUGACCUGCGAAAGCUUGCUGUGAACCUAAUCCCAUUCCCAUGUCUUCAUUUCUUCAUGGUCGGCUUUGCACCACUCACUUCUCGCAGGUCUCAAAGUUAUGUCUCUCUCUCAGUCCCAGAGCUGACCCAGCAAAUGUGGGAUGCAAAGAACAUGAUGUGUGCUGCUGUCCCACGCCACGGACGCUACUUAACAGCCUCAGCCAUGUUCAGGGGAAAGAUGAGCACCAAGGAGGUGGAUGAGCAGAUGAUCAACGUGCCUCGCGCUAAUUCAUUUCAUGCUUUCUUCAUAUGCCCCUGUUAUCUCUGCAGAAAAGGCCUACCACGAGCAGUGAAGUCAAGCGUGUGUGAUAUUCCGCCAACAGGCUUGAAGAUGGCAUCGACUUUUGUGGGGAACUCCACGUCAAUCCAAGAGAUGUUUAGAAGAGUGAGCGAGCAGUUCACAGCCAUGUUCAGGCGUAAGGCGUUUUUGCAUUGGUACACAGGAGAGGGAAUGGAUGAGAUGGAGUUCACGGAGGCAGAGAGCAACAUGAAUGAUUUGGUGGCAGAGUACCAACAAUACCAAGAUGCCACUGCUGAUGAUGAGGGAGAGUAUGAGGAUGAGGGUGUCGAAGAGAAUUAUGAGGGCUAAGCACUGAAACAAUUGUGGCAGUUAUAUACCUCAGGAACCAAAGUAAGGUUUGGUUGAAUUGGCUCCCUUCUUUUUUGUGUGUGUUCUAUCUACUACUUUACCUUCUUCUGUCAAACUCUAUUUCAUCUUUUUCUGUCAAACCUUCAGCUUUCUGGUUGUUCUAUUUCUAUUUUGGUAUAUAAUGAUUGAUUGAUAUUAUUGUUUGUUCUGUUCUAGCAUUUGAAUAAUAAAUUCUCCCUGUAGAACAGAGCCAUAGGGCCCU